AUGGAGCCCUCUUUUGGACAGCGCUUCAUCAUUAUCAGCAUAAAAUAUGCCCUCCGCCCAUUCACUGCCGGCGUCGCGGCGGCACUGGACUUGCUGUUAGAUCGGAUUAUUGCGCGGACGUUCGACAACCUCCUGCAAGAUAUUGCGGGAGAGUUUGUCGGAGCUGCAAGCAGGAGGCUCCUCAGAGCCUUCGUGGAUGAUGCGCAAUUUUCCCGACUUCAGCAACGUUUGGCCGAUCCUGUUAUAGAUUGGUUCCGACGGGUAUUCUCCGAUCCUUCGCAAGAAGGUGACGGGAAUGUCCCCGAGUAG